AUGCGCAAGAUCGUGGCAGAUGAGGGAAUCGAAGGAUUAUACAGUGGAUUGAGCGGGAGUCUUCUUGGUGUCGCUUCCACGAAUUUUGCAUACUUCUAUUGGUACUCGGUGGUACGGCAAGCAUAUACAAAAUGGGCUGCAACUGGUGCACCACCAAACACUUCAGUCGAACUUUCUCUGGGAGCUAUUGCUGGCGCUCUCGCACAAUUGUUCACCAUUCCAGUAGCUGUCAUCACUACGAGACAACAAACUCAGCCAAAAGGCGACAAGAAAGGCAUGAUUGAGACCGGCAGAGAAGUCAUCAACAGCGAAGACGGCUGGACAGGGCUCUGGAGAGGUCUAAGGGCUUCUUUAGUCCUCGUGGUCAAUCCCUCAAUCACAUAUGGCGCAUACUCGCGCCUGCGGGAAGUAUUCUUCCCAGGUAGACUUGCCCUCAAACCCUCCGAGGCAUUCUUCCUCGGCGCCCUCUCCAAAUCCAUCGCGACCCUCGCAACCCAACCUCUCAUCGUCGCUAAAGUCGGCCUCCAAUCACGACCACCCCCAGCCCGCGCCGGCGUCCCCUUCAAGAGCUUCCAAGAAGUCAUGUCCUACAUCAUCGAGCACGAGGGCUACAUGGGUCUGUUCAAGGGUAUCGGUCCACAACUCCUGAAAGGCGUGCUAGUACAAGGCUUUUUGAUGAUGACGAAAGAAAGAGUUGAAUUGUUGUUCGUGCUGUUGUUCGCAUAUUUGAGGACUGUGAGGCAGAAGCAGUUACAGAAGGCGGCGGAUGUGGUUAAGAGUAGGGCGAUUCCGGCUGCGGAGGCUGUUUUGGACAAGGCGAAGCAGUCUGUGCCGAUUCAGACGAGGUAA